AUGGGUCUUGGGGCUCACAUACACUCAGCUCACCAGGAAAAGGGGCUCUGCACCAGGCACCGCACAGCAACAUCAUCACCAAUGAAACUGCUUCCAUUCCUAGUUCUGAUUUCCAGUCUGCUGGACUAUGGCUGCACUUCUGCAAGCUGCAAUAUGACAUGCCACAAAGACGCCAGGUGUGAAGUUCAGGGUGGGACAACAGGAUGCUAUUGCUCCCAAGGAUAUACAGGAAAUGGCAUAACAUUCUGUUACGAUGAUAAUGAAUGUGAAAAUUCUACUCAGCCUUGUGGAGAGCAUGCCAAUUGCACAAACACAGUGGGAAGCUAUUUCUGCAUGUGCGCACCUGGCUUUAAAUCCAGCAAUGGGCAACAAACUUUUGUACCUAACGAUGGAACCUUCUGCGUGGAUGUAGAUGAGUGCAGCAAUGAAGGAACUGUUGCCUGUGGAGAUCAUGCGAAAUGUGAAAACGUGGAUGGAGGGUUUAACUGCUCGUGUAAGGAAGGUUAUCAACCAUCCACAGGAAAAUUGCAGUUUAAGCCAAAUGAUGGCACUUCUUGCCAAGAAAAUCCAAAGGCCAACUGUGAGUUAUACAAAGACUGCAUAACUGAACAUAUUAAUAGAACUUUAGCUGGAAUUAGUAAUUUAAAGACACCCAUGGAGAUGCUGCAAGAAAUUAAUAAGAAUACUUUGGGACCACUUUUACCUGUAGAUGUGAUUUCAUAUGUUGAAGCACUAUCUUAUUCAUCACUGAAUACCAUGCACUACUCUGUUUCUGACAAUGAAGCGCUGCGUAAUACAACCAUUAACAUUUUUGUUAACACUGUGAACAAUUUUUUACAAAAAGACAAAAUUACAGUCUGGGAAGCUCUUCCUGUAGCUAACCAAAGACAGAGCCUGACUAAGCUGCUGCAUACUGCAGAACAAGCGACGCUCCUCAUGUCGCAGAACUUCAAAAAGACAACACAGCUAGAUGCUAAUGCAAGUGACAUUGCACUCAAGGUUUUUGCUUUUGAUUCACAUCACAUGAAACACAUUCACCCUCAUGUGUACACGGGAGGAGAUUACAUAAAGAUCUCUCCAAAGAAGAGAGAGAAAUCUCAUCCUAAUGGCACCGUUGCAGUUGUCUUUCUGCGGUAUAGCAAUAUUGGUUCCUUGCUUUCAUCGCCUAAAAACCUCUCCUCAAAAGAUACUUCAGAGCACAGACAGACAGUAAGCUCAUCAGUUAUAGCUGUUGCAAUUAGUUCAAAUCCACCUACACUCUAUGAGCUCGAGAAAAUAACAUUUACCUUAAAGUAUGCCAAGACUGCAGAUAAAGAUAUUAAAUGUGCAUUUUGGAACUACUCAGCAGACACAAUGAAUGGCAACUGGGCUACAGAAGGCUGUGAGCUGACACAUUCCAACUCCACUCAUAUCUCAUGCAAAUGUAAUCAUCUGACUCAUUUUGCUGUUUUGAUGUCCUCAGGUGGCUCUGUUGGUGUUACAAAUUAUAACAUUCUUACAAGAAUCACUCAGCUAGGAAUAAUUAUUUCGUUGAUUUGCCUCUCCAUGUGCAUUUUUACAUUCUGGUUCUUCAGUGAAAUUCAAAGCACUAGAACAACAAUUCACAAAAACCUCUGCUGCAGCCUUUUCCUGGCGGAACUUAUUUUUCUGAUUGGAAUUAAUAUGAACAAUAAUAAGCUCUUCUGUUCAAUUACUGCUGGAUUACUCCAUUAUUUCCUUCUAGCCGCUUUUGCAUGGAUGUGCAUUGAAGGUAUUCACCUCUACCUUAUAGUUGUGGGAGUCAUCUACAACAAGGGCUUCUUGCACAAGAAUUUCUAUGUCUUUGGCUAUGUCAGUCCAGCCGUGGUUGUUGGAAUCUCUGCUGCACUGGGAUACAAGUACUAUGGCACCACAGAAGUAUGUUGGCUCAGCACAAAGAAUAACUUUAUAUGGAGUUUUAUAGGACCAGCAUGUCUAAUAAUUCUUGUUAAUUUGUUGGCUUUUGGGGUGAUUAUUUAUAAAGUAUUUCGACACACUGCAAUGUUAAAGCCAGAAGUUAGUUGUUAUGAAAAUAUAAGAUCCUGUGCCCGAGGUGCUCUUGCUCUCCUGUUUCUCCUUGGGGCUACCUGGAUCUUCGGGGUCCUCCAUGUCAUCCAGGGAUCCGUGGUUACUGCAUAUCUUUUUACAAUCUUCAAUGCAUUUCAGGGGAUGUUCAUCUUCAUAUUUCUUUGUGUGUUGUCUAGGAAGAUUCAGGAAGAGUAUUAUAGGUUGUUCAAAAAUGUCCCUUGCUGUUUCGGCUGCUUGAGAUAAAUGGAAGGAAAAUAUACAUGAGCAUCUCAGUGGAAGAAGGGAGCAACCUAGAUGAUGAUGUUAUGGAUAUUACAGAAAAAUACGGUAUUGUGAAAGUACUAAAUGACCCAGUGAGCAGGCAUUUCUCUUAACUGAAUUACUGACUGUUUUUUUUACAUAUGUGUGCAUUCAUACAGAUCAUUUCAAUUAUGCUGUAUACAAACAGUAUACAAACCAAACCAAUUGUUGAAAAACAAAUAUUAAUAAAGACCAGGGAAAGAAGCAAAUUUCUAAAGAAGCUCGAGACUUUUAAUUCUUAGGUUUUGUUUAUAAUGUUAGAAAUAUCUGCAGUUCUUGAAAGCAAGACACCAAAAACCAACUGGCACAGCAGAUUUUAUUAAUUGCUUUGCUAGUGGAAACAUGUUUGCUGUCUUUUUGUAGUAAUGAGCUUCUUAUAUUAAGUUGUAUGUGGCCAUCUGCAGGGAAUGGGUUCCAUUAAAGAGUCAAUAGAUAAAGAUCUGCUUCAGCCCAGACUUUUGAAAACAAUUUUUUUAAUUUAAAGUAGAUUAAAAAAGGAAUUUGUUUAAUAUUAUUCUCUUAUCACUCUGAAAUAUAUAUUUGUAUAUUAAUUUUUUUAUUUUUUUAACUUUUAAAGAACUGUUUACAUCUAAAGAGCUGAGGUCAGAUCUGAUACAAGAAUGAUGGGACAGCUAUUUUAUAAGUGAAAGAUUAUUCUGUGACUACUUUGAAAAAGAUCUGGUUUUUGUUUUAUUUAAUUGCCAAAAAGACUGAGAUCUGCUAAACUGGCACUAUGAUUUUGGAGGCUGUAGGAAGAAAAUGCUUUCACAUGUUUGUCACUUGAUAGAGAUAUUUGGAAUC